AUGAUUGCUCUCCGGAACCCAAAGGGAACACCCAUUGCAUCGAGAAGGGAGAUGGAGAAAAUCAUUUACGACUUCUACUCUGAGCUCUUCGACAGCCAUGUCCACUUGCCUCCUCACCAUCUGAGGGAAGAUGGACAAGUCAUUCCAGAGGUUCUCCCGUCGAAAUACGACAUGCUAUCAUGUCGAGCCUUCCGCCAGUACUCAUCAACACCGGCAAGGCUCUUUACACGUUAUCUGGCCGAAUGCAAGGUUCCUAAACAGUGGAAGACCAGCAAGACCGUGUUGUUGUAUAAAAAGGGAGAUCCUCAUGAAAUUGGCAACUAUCGUCCAAUCUGCCUACUAUCCGUCAUCUACAAGCUCUUUACAAGACAAGCGGGGUUUCGAAAAGGAUUCAGCACGAUUGACCACAUUCACACUGUUUCGAAACUCAUCGAGGUAUCACGAGAGUACAAGAUGCCGCUCUAUCUCACCUUCAUCGACUUGAAGAAGGCCUUCGACCCAGUUGAGACGGAAGCGGUCGUGGAAGCCUUGGACAACCAGGGUGUCCCUACUCAGUACAUAAAGAGACUUCGAGAGUUGUACAGUAACUUCACGACCGGAAUUUCGCCAUUCUACAAGAACAUCAUCAUUGACGUGAAGAGUGGGGUCCGACAGGGUGACACAAUUUCACCCAAAAUAUUCACAGCCACCCUCGAGAACGCAUUGCGAAAGUUGGAAUGGGACGACAUGGGGGUGAAGGUUAAUGAUCGGCAGCUACACCAUUUGCGCUUUGCUGAUGAUAUCGUACUGAUAACACCUAGCAUCAGCCAAACGGAACGAAUGCUGACCGAAUUUGACGAAACACGUGGAUGCAUCGGUCUUCAGCUGAAUCUACAAAAGACGAUGUUUAUGCAGAACGGAUGGGAUGGAUGCCCCAUUCACGCUCAACGGAACGAACAUAUCCGAAUGCACCAGCUACGUUUAUCUGGGUCGGGAACUGUACAUGAUGAACGACCUGACCUCCGAGAUGGGCAGGAGGAGACGAGCGGCUUGGGGAGCGUACAAGAGCAUCGAGGAUGUAGUGAAGAAGACCAGGAACACCCGGCCCCGUGCUCACCUCUUUAA